AUGUUUAAACGAUCAUUUUCCAUAGUGCACACGCAGCGGAUGCCGCCGCAAGACGUUGUCGGUCAAAACCACGUAGCAACAGACUCGGAAGAAAAAAUCUUGAAAAAUAAACCAAAAGCCAGUAAAUUACGGCAACAGCAGCUUCCAGCAUGGCAGCCAAUUCUUACGGCAUCCACAGUUAUACCAACAGUGAUUGGUAUCGGCGUUGUCUUCAUACCUAUAGGUGUGGCACUGUUCCUUGCAUCUGAUUCAGUAAAGGAAUACACAGUCGAUUAUACGAGCUGCACGAUUGGUCAACAAUGUCACCUACGAAUCAAUAUUACCGACGAAAUGAAGGGUGACGUUUAUAUCUACUACUAUUUGGAAAAUUACUUCCAAAAUCAUCGAAGAUACGUUAAAAGUAGAAAUGAUAAGCAACUUCUUGGAAAUGUCAAGGAGGUCGCUGACUGUGAACCCUUUGCUUAUGACGAGAAUAAGCGUCCAAUUGCACCAUGCGGAGCUAUAGCUAACUCAAAAUUCAAUGACACCUAUGCUCUUUAUCGCCUGGGCGCUGGUGGUGAGCAAUUAGAGGUUCCUCUCACGAAAAACGGCGUUCUUUGGGAUGUCGACAAGGAUAGAAAGUUCAAAAAUCCUGCAAUCCCACCUGGAGGAAACCUUUGUAAUGCAUUUGAGGGAACUGCAAAACCACCAUAUUGGCAAAAACAUCCUUGCGAAGACGACGGAUUUGAGAAUGUGGAUUUGAUUGUUUGGAUGCGCACGGCAGCACUUCCAAACUUUCGAAAGUUGUGGAGAAUUGUGGAUAGGAAUGCCGAAACGCCUGCAAAUCCAGGUCUCUUCCGAAAUGGACUUCCAGCAGGGGAAUAUACGAUUGUUGCGAACUCGAACUAUCCUGUCACUGUUUUUGGUGGACGGAAAUCAAUUGUUUUGAGCACAACGAGCUGGGCUGGUGGAAAGAACUCAUUCCUCGGAAUCGCCUAUCUAGUUGUGGGAUCUCUGGCGAUCGUGCUUGGCAUCAUCUUCAUCAUUAUUCAUAUCAAAUUUGGACACUCUAUAAGCGAGCUAAGUGACGUUGGAGCAACUCACUAAAAUUCUGAUCGUCCCAGUUUGUACAGUGUUAUACAGUAAUGUCCAAUUAACACAGUGGAUACCAGUGAUUUCACCAUUUUUGCGCGCAUGUAUAGUUUGAAUGUACCAAAACUCGCUCUUAUGUGAUGGUUGUGUAUUCUGUACCUAGAUGGUGAGCGUUCUUUUUCAAUGACUCUGAUAUUGCUAUUUAGUUCUUGAUGUUCAGUCUAUCAUUGUUACGUAAUUUAAAGACUCAUUCUACCCUUGCGCUGUGAUACUCUUAACCUUCAUUCUUAAUAAUUCGUUUGAUUUGUUCAAAUGCCUUGCAACUUGUGAUCUUAAAUUUGUUAAGAAACGACCUUAAUUAUAACCUGACUGCUUUACAAAUAAAAUGUCAUUUUUCA